AUGGGCCUGGUCCGACCGCAGUGCCUCGCCGCUGCACCUGAUGCGCCUGGUCCGACUGCAGUGCCUCCCUCCACACCAGAUGGGCCCGGUCCGACUGAAGUGCCUUGCUGCCGCACCACAUGGUGCUGGCUCCACCGCAGUGCCUCACCGACAUUCCAUGUGGCCUCACCCGACGGCAGUGACUCACCGCGCAGCCUCAUAGGCGUCGCCAACCACACUGCCUCGCUGCCGCACCUACUGGGCCUGGCCGUCCACAGUGCCUCGCCGCCACGCCCCGUAUGCCCGUUCCGACAACAGUGCCUCGCUGCCGCACCUGAUUGGCCAGGCCGACCGCAGUGCCGAGCCGCCGCAACCAAUUUUCCUGGUCGACAGCAGUGCCUAGCUCAAUUGCCUGGCCCACCCUCAGUGCCUCAGCGCUGCAUCUGA